GUCCGCCUGCCAUUGGCACCUCCCACCCACAAUGUCGUCGCGUCAGCCCCGCUUCAAUCAGCAAGCCCUCAUCGACACCACCCCUCUGCCCGACGACAUCCCCAAGGUCAAAGAGCUCGGAGCCAGUUCUGCGCCCCUUCUCAGCGCCUCGUUCUUUAUCGGCGCGCGAUGCAAGGCCUACAACGAUGACUACAUGAUGUGCAAGACGGAGGCCAAUGGCCGAGGAGAGUUUGAUUGCAUGAAGGAGGGUCGCAAAGUCACCAGGUGUGCAGCGAGCGUUAUCAGCGAUAUCAACAAGGAGUGUCUUGACCAAUUCCGCUCCCACUGGCAGUGCCUUGAGAACCACAACCAGCAGCUGUGGAACUGCAGGUCGGAGGAGCGGAGGUUGAACAAGUGUGUGUUUGACAAGCUGUCACUCGAGAAGAAGAUUCCAGAUGCGCCAAAGGGCGACACACCUGUCCACCUAAGGACCAGGAACAUUUUUGCUACCCACUAGUUCUGUACAUAUUACCCGGGUCACGACAAUCAAGAAAUUUGAAAUACACAUCAUCCGCGCGUCUCCAAAGCCAAUGUAGCCAAUGUAGUCUCGGACAGAGUUGGCUACAACCAAACGUGUGAUGUCAGACUUUCAUACAGCUCAGUUGGGUCGAUCGGCUCACCAUCUACGUUUGUGUGUUGCCAAUUAUAGUCUCUGUAGCUUGUUCUGACACUGCCAACGAAUACAACAAACCAUACAUUAGAUCACUAGAG